AUGCAGAGUAUGCAGGGUAUGCAGAUUGCUGAAAACUCUUCAACAACCCGCGACGGGUUUCGCCCUUCUUUGGGUUGGCUCAUGCUCUACUUGAACCCAAAUUGGACUGAUUGUGACAAAUACACUAGUUUGCCAAUCCAUUUGAUUUUCAUGAGUGAAUUUAGAGUUCGCACCUUUCAUAUAUGUACGCACGUGAGACAUGUGCAAGCCCCA